AUGAGUGAGGAAUGGGAUUCAAACUCUACAGAAAAUUGGCAUUACAUUUGGAGUAAUGACACAGCACAUGAUCUGUACUCAGAUAUCAAUAUCACCUAUGUGAACUACUAUCUUCACCAGCCUCAAGUGGCAGCAAUUUUCAUUAUUUCCUACUUUUUGAUCUUCUUCCUAUGCAUGGUGGGAAAUACAGUGGUUUGCUUCAUUGUAAUGAGGAACAAACAUAUGCACACAGUCACUAAUCUCUUCAUCUUGAACCUGGCCAUAAGUGAUCUACUAGUUGGUAUAUUCUGUAUGCCUAUCACACUGCUGGACAAUAUUAUAGCAGGAUGGCCUUUUGGAAGUACAAUGUGCAAGAUCAGUGGCUUGGUCCAGGGAAUAUCCGUUGCAGCUUCCGUCUUUACUUUAGUUGCAAUAGCAGUGGAUAGGUUCCGGUGUGUUAUCUACCCUUUUAAACCAAAGCUCACUAUCAAGACGGCGUUUGUCAUCAUUAUGAUUGUCUGGGCCCUGGCCAUUGCCAUUAUGUCCCCGUCUGCAGUCAUGUUACACGUGCAGGAAGAAAAAAAUUACCGUGUGAGAUUCAACUCCCAGGAGAAAACCAGCCCAGUCUACUGGUGCCGGGAAGACUGGCCAAGUCAGGAAAUGAGGAGGAUCUAUACCACAGUGUUGUUUGCCAAUAUCUACCUGGCUCCCCUGUCCCUCAUCGUCAUCAUGUAUGGAAGGAUUGGAAUUUCACUGUUCAAGAGGAAGGUGCCCCACACAGGCAAACAGAACCAGGAGCAGUGGCAUGUGGUAUCCAAGAAGAAGCAGAAGGUCAUUAAGAUGCUCCUGACCGUGGCCCUGCUUUUCAUUCUCUCCUGGUUGCCCCUGUGGACCCUGAUGAUGCUCUCGGAUUAUGUUGAUCUGUCUCCAAAUGAACUGCAGGUCAUCAACAUCUACAUCUACCCUUUUGCACAUUGGCUGGCCUUCUGCAACAGCAGCGUCAACCCCAUCAUUUAUGGUUUCUUCAAUGAAAAUUUUCGUCGUGGUUUCCAAGAUGCUUUUCAUCUCCAGCUUGGCCAAAAAAGAGCAAAGUCCAAGGAAGCCUACACUCUGAGAGCUAAAAACACUAUGGUCAUCAACACAUCUCAUCUGUCAGCGCAGGAAUCGACAGUUAAAAACCCACAUGAGGAAACUGUGCUUUGUAGGAUAAGUGCUGAAAAGCCCUUACAGGAAUUAAUGAUGGAAGAAUUAGGAGAAAUUACCAGUAGCAAUGAGAUGUAA